ACAUUGACCACUAAAGUCAAAAUGUAAGUUUGGAAAAAUGUACUCCGUACUUGUAUUAAUUUGCUCAAGGUUAAUUAGACAUGGGAGGGCGGCAAAUGGCGCGAAAUUGAUAAAAUAUAGUUUUGUUACACUCGUUCUCUGCUACUCCAAUUGGCAAUUUGGCCCAAUUCUCUUAAACCCUAAUUCCAUCUCAAUUUGUCAAUUACCCAGGCAUUUAACAUUUAAAUGGAUUCUGAACUAAAGAGCUUACAAAAGAGACCCUUUAUACAGAAAGGAAGUUACAAGAAGGAAGUUGUGGAACAAUUAGACAGAAUAAGUGAUUUGCCAUAUCAUGUAAUUGCUCAGAUACUAUCUUUCCUUGGAACAGAAGAAGCAAUUAGAACUAGCGUUUUGUCUUCAAGGUGGAGGUAUCUUUGGAAAGGCAUAACUUGUAUUAGUUUGUGUGGCGCUAAUUCUGAUCCUGAUAAAUUUUCAAAUCUUGUGAAGCAUGUGCUUCUAAAUUGCAGUCCUUUAAACUUCCAAGCAUUUGACCUCGCGUGUCCUAGUGCAAUAGACUUAUGUCGUCUAAAUGCAUGGAUUGGCUGUGUAUUAAACCACAAAUUGGAAAAGUUAAAAUUAUGGAUCAACAAAUACUUUUACGAGCUACCAGAACGCCCCUUAGCACAAUUCGUUCUUUCUUGCAACACACUAGUAACUCUCAAGCUUGAUUCAUGUUUUGAUUUUCAUAUACCAGAGUCAAUUGUUUGUUUUCCUUUUCUCAAAUUACUUGAUAUUGAUGUUAUAUUCCCUGAUCACAACGGUGUUGUAAAUCGACUCUUGUCUUGCUGCCCAGUGUUAGAAGAACUGGAUCUAUUUGGCUACGUGGAUUCCCCGAAAGUGCUAAAAAUUGAUGUUUCUAGUUCUACCUUAAGAAAAUUAAGCUUUGGGCUGCAAGAUCAGGGAGGCUCAUGGGAAAAUGAGUUUACUAUUACUAUCAAUACACCCGAUCUUGAACACCUCUCCAUAGAAGAUGACUUAAUAUCUCGGUUUGUGCUGAAGAAUUUAGUACGGGUCCAAACUGUUGAAGUCAAUUAUUGUGUCUUUAGUCUUGGACUUUUAAGACCUGAACAUAUUAACCGCCUCCUUGAAAUCUUAAAGGGAGUUGCUGCUGCUGAGGCCCUGAUAUUGAAUUGGAAUACUUUAGGUGUUCUCGGAUCAACUCUCAGCUAUACCUGGCCAACAUUCCCAAAUUUGAAAAGGCUUAUAGUGCAUUUAAGUGCUUUCUCGGGUUGGACCUGCUUUUCAAAAGUGCUCCAUAGCGCCCCUUGCUUGGAGGUUCUUAUUUUGGAUAUGGAGGGUAUAUAUGAAUUAUAUGAUGGCGAUAAAUACCAGUGGAAUCCGCCUGACAUCAUUCCUAAUUGUUUGUUGGAGCACCUCGAGGAAAUUGGAAUACUUUGUUUCAGAGGAAACAAAGAUCAGUUGCAAGUAGUGGAGUAUUUGCUGAAUAAUGCCCAAGUGUUAGUGUAUGAGUAUUGGCUAUUGUUUGGAUGACUUGAAAGCAGAAGUUAUAGGGAAGUUAUUGACAUUUAAUAUAGCCUCCAAGACUUGUGAUGUUCAGAUCUAUGAACGCCUCGAAUUUGAAGUUGACUCACUUGGCAGGAUUUCCUUAUGGGGAAUUUGAGUUGAUUGUUAUUUGUUUGGGUUAUUGUUGUUUAUGUUCACUACUGUAGUGUGCCAAACUUCAUUUUCUAUUCUUACAUUCUAUUUUGUCUGAUCUUGUUAUGGUAUUGAAGAAUGGAAAGUAUUAUGACAAGGAAAUAUCAAUCGUCCAAAUGUUACCAUUGAAGUUCUUGAGAUGAGUAUGAAGUCAAAUUUCAGUGA